AUGCCUGGAGCGACAAUCACAUCGUCUUACCUCUGCCUCCGCUGCCUGCGAGCUUCGCAGCAUGCUCUCACACGCACGUCGACCAUCACAUCUCCGCCAGCGCGCUCGAGACGCUGCCUCUCCGCCUCGCCACAGCUUCUCCGAUCGUCCUCCACCUCCGCACAGGAACGCGGCCACGAACGCGAUGCGCCCGCAACGAUCAAGCAUCAAACCGAAGCCGGAAACGGCCCUCCUUCCACCGCUCCGACCACCGCCACCACUAGUACGACAAAGAAAGAGGGCGAGGACGUCGAAGCGGGAGCAGCAGCAGCAGCAACAGCAGCAGCGAAAGAACCGGGCGCCAUGUCGCGCCGGCUCGAGGCGCUGACGGAAGAAGGGCUGGAGGCGGGCGGGCGCGGCGGCGCGCGGCGCGCGGCGGCGAUGGUCGAGGACGCGGGCUUCUCGGAGGAGCUGCGGCAACGGCUGGAGGAGCGCAUCGCGGGCGCCAACUUCGCCAGCCGGUACGCGCAGCCGCUCGCGCAGGCGGGCCUGCCGCCGGGCGCGGGCAAAGGGACGCGCGACCUGGCCGGGGCGCGCCCGUGGACGGGGGCCGAGAGCGUCGAGGACGCGAGCUUGCGGAUGCUGGACGACGCGGUCAGGCCGAUGAAGAAGGCGGUGCCGAGGAACCCGGCGGUGCGGCCGCCGAGCAGGGUCGACACGGGGAUGAGCGCGGCGAGCGGGAGGGGGGAGAACAGGGGCGUCAGGUUGGCGGAGGCGAAGGAGCGGACGGGGUUGUAUCACCUGCAGAAGGACGGGGAGGGGAUGAGCGAGGACGAGAGGGAGAAGCUGAGGAGGGAGAUGCGCGAGCGGUUCCAGCCGGGGGCCCGGGGCGGGCCGAUGAGCGUGAGGGCGUUGGAGGGCAUGGCGAACCAGCGGAUCGAGGACGCGAUCGCGAGGGGCCAGUUCAAGAACAUCCCCAGGGGCCGGAAGCUGGAGCGCGACUACAACGCGAGCAACCCGUUCUUGGACACGACCGAGUACUUUAUGAACAAGAUCAUCCAGAAGCAGGAGAUCGUGCCGCCGUGGAUCGAGAAGCAGCAGGAGCUGGUCACGGCGGCCGCGCGGUUCAGGAACCGGCUGCGGACGGAUUGGAAGAGGCAUGCCGCGCGGAUGCUCUCGAGUGAAGGUGGCAGUCUGGAGAUGCAGAUCAGGAGGGCGCAAUCGUACGCGGAGGCGGAGAAGCUGGCUAAUCCGAGGAAGAGAAAGGAAGAGAAGAUCACCGCCGUUGACACGGAGGGGCAUCUCAGCCAAAUCACGCUGGCUGGAGAAUUGAAGGUUCCGGCUGCACCGGAGAGUCAUAGUAGCAGCCAGCCACCGGAAAAGAUUACCGUCAAGGCCACCACCGUGGGCUCGACCGACGGCAAAGCAGCAUCUCCUCGCCAAGAUGCGGAGGAAUUGAUUGAUGAGUUCAUGGUUGAGAACCCCGGGCCGUCGCCCCCGACGACGACCACUGAAGGCUCAUCUUCGGCCCCCCGCGUCAUUCCCGCUCCCUACCCCUUCCGCGACCCGGCCUGGGUGAAUUCCGAGCGCUCCUUCCUCGAACUGUCCAUCAAGUCGCUCAACGCCCUCACGCGCUCGUACAACCUGAUGGCGCCCGAGCUGGCCAAGAAGCCGUACUUCUCGCUCGACCGCGAGCUGGCCGCCGCCUUCGCCGACGUCGCGCCCCAGCUGCCGGGAGAGAUCAGGGACCGCGCGCUCGAGCCCAAGGGCAAGUCGUUGGGCGGCGGCGCCGCCGGGCGCGGGGCCGGCAUCAUGGACCAUUUCGGGACGGAGCAGAAGGUCAAUAUCUGGGAUGAUAUGAGGCAAGUGUAUGGGUUCAGGCAGCUUUGGAGGGAUUUGUUUCCGAAGAAGAAUAAGAAGAAUAAGGGCGCGGAGUGA